AACGAUGGCGUCCGGCAGUGCAGGUAGCAGGGUCUCCUGCGGGAGAGAUUUGAGUUGUGUUCCUGAAGUGGCGGAUACCCUCGCUGCGGUCGCCAAAUUAGGCUUUGAUUUCCUGUGUAUGCCGCUGUUCCACCCGCGGUUUCGAAGGGAAAAUGAACUGGACCCUGCAAAGUCACGUCCUGGAGCCCAAACACGAUCUGACCUGCUGCUGUGUGGUAGAGAUUGGAACACUCUUAUCGUGGGAAAGCUGUCACCCUGGAUUGAGACUGACUCCGAGUUGACCACAGAGCGCAGGAAUUCAGAAGCUGCACUGGUACAGGAGCUCAAUUUCUGUGCUUAUCUGGGGCUGCCAGCUUUCAUGAUCCCCCUAAGGGGUCCACACUGUGCCAACCUGGCUCGAAUCCUGCUCAACCACAUCCACACAGGACACCACUCUUGCAUGUUUUGGAUACGAGUUCCACUGAUGGCUCCUGAGGAUACGCGUGAAGAUCUUAUUGAGAAUGAGCCGUCUAAACAAAUGGACGAUGGCAGCAAUGAUGAGAAGACCUGGGCAUGGUGGCACUCAUUCAGAACACUCUGUGACUACAACAAGAGGAUUUGCCUCGCAAUUGAGAUUGGAGCAGACCUGCCAUCUGACACAUUAAUCGACAAGUGGCUUGGAGAGCCAAUCAAAGCAGCCAUUCUCCCUACCAGCAUAUUUCUAACCAAUAAAAAAGGCUUUCCAGUCCUUUCAAAAGCCCACCAGCGAAUCAUCUUCCGUCUCUUCAAGCUGGAGGCUCAGUUCAUUUUCACAGGGCAGAACCGCCACAGCGAGAAGGACUUGCGCUCAUAUCUGCAGUAUCUAGAGUACCUCAAUCAAAACCGUCCAGCACCUAAUGCCUACGAGCUCUUCGCCAAAGGCUAUGAAGAUUACCUACAGUCACCACUGCAGCCUUUAAUGGACAAUUUGGAGUCACAGACGUAUGAAGUGUUCGAGAAGGAUCCUAUCAAAUAUUCUCAGUACCAGCAGGCCGUAUAUAGAUGUCUGCUAGACAGAGUUCCUGAAGAACAGAUGGAAACCAAUGUGCAGGUUUUGAUGGUACUUGGUGCAGGUCGAGGUCCUCUGGUAAAUGCCUCACUUCGUGCAGCAAAACAAGCUAAGAGGAAGCUGCGCGUAUACGCUGUUGAGAAAAACCCUAAUGCUGUAGUCACACUGGAGAACUGGAAGUUUGAGGAGUGGGGUGAUCAGGUGACUGUUGUGUCAUGUGACAUGAGGGAGUGGACGUCUCCAGAGAAAGCAGAUAUCAUCGUCAGUGAGCUUUUAGGGUCAUUCGGGGACAAUGAGCUUUCACCGGAAUGUCUCGACGGAGCGCAGCACUUUCUUAAAGAUGAUGGAGUGAGCAUUCCCUGCUCUUACACAUCUUUCUUGGCUCCUCUGUCCUCAUCUAAACUAUAUAAUGAAGUACGAGGCUGUCGGGAACGAGACAAAGACCCAGAGUGCCAUUUUGAGACACCAUAUGUUGUCAGAUUACACAAUUUCCACCAACUUGCAGACCCACAGGCCUGCUUCACCUUUGUUCACCCCACCACAGAUAUGAAUAAUAAUCGGUAUCAAUGUCUGCGAUUCCCCGUUGGAUGUAAUUCAGUGCUUCACGGUUUCGCUGGGUACUUCGAGGCCACGCUGUAUAAAGAAGUCACACUCAGUAUAAAACCUGAAACACACUCUCCUGGGAUGUUCUCCUGGUUCCCCAUCCUAUUCCCCUUGAAACAGCCGAUCCCGCUGUCCUGUGGCGAUAACGUAUGUGUACGCUUUUGGAGGUGUAACAAUGGAAAGAAGGUCUGGUAUGAAUGGGCUGUGACCGAGCCUGUAUGCUCCGCCAUUCACAACCCCGCCGGGCGCUCUUACACUAUUGGCCUGUAGCAACACACACACAAACAUGCUGACGUCUGCUCUCGAACACGGCCUACUCCCACAUCUUUUUUUUUUUUUUUUUUUUAAUAAACAUCGGGUUAAAAUAUCUUGUUGCAAGGGUAAAACUACACUCAAGGAGAUCAUUCUCAAUGACAGCCAUGUGUGUAUGUAAUGUUUAUAAGGAAGGAAACUAAAACUGCACUUACGAGGUAUCCUUUAAAAGCAAUGCGCAAUGUCCUGGUGCUCUUUCUUAGUUCAGACUCCUCUGAUGUUUAACAACAACUACAAAUAAAAUGAAGCCUUUUGACUCCUAUUAAUAGCUAAAAAGUGUAAGUUUUUUGAGGACUAUUAUUUUCUAGAACUGAUUCAUGUGAGUCUGGCGGUCUAUAUUGUCUUCGUGCGUUAUAUACCAGCCUUAUUGUGCCCACCUGUGCCCUGCAAUGCCCCACGGUUAGGAAAACCAUAGUAUUAUGUCCCUAGUCAGGCCAUGUUAGGAAACAUAUUCCAUACUUUUAUACGGUUUUGUUUUUGUUUUCCUGAUGAUAAUGUAUUGUCAUACAACACGAGUAAAAAAAAGAU